GAGUUUUUAAGUAGGGUUUUCUUGAGUGGUCGCCUCUCUCAGCUUGCUUCAGCACAACAGCGCCGUUUCCCCAGGAGGAGGAGGAGGAGAAGAAGAAAGAUGUCGCAUAGGAAGUUUGAGCAUCCCCGCCAUGGUUCCCUCGGCUUCCUCCCCAGGAAGAGAGCUGCUCGUCACAGGGGAAAGGCGAAGGCAUUCCCAAAGGAUGACCCAAGCAAGCCCUGCAAGUUAACUGCCUUCCUUGGCUACAAGGCUGGGAUGACUCACAUUGUCAGAGAAGUCGAGAAACCUGGAUCCAAGCUGCACAAGAAGGAGACAUGUGAGGCUGUUACCGUUAUUGAAACUCCUCCAAUAGUGGUGGUUGGAGUUGUUGGGUAUGUCAAGACACCCCGUGGUCUCCGCUGCCUUAACACAGUUUGGGCUCAGCAUCUUAGCGAGGAGGUCAAGAGGAGGUUUUAUAAGAAUUGGUGCAAGUCCAAGAAGAAGGCCUUCACCAAGUGCUCGAAAAAGUAUGAGACUGAGGAAGGGAAAAAGGAUAUUCAAGCUCAGCUGGAGAAAUUGAAGAAAUAUGCAUCUGUUAUUCGUGUUUUGGCUCAUACUCAGAUAAGAAAGAUGAAAGGGCUGAAACAAAAGAAGGCCCAUCUAAUGGAGAUUCAGGUGAAUGGUGGCUCUGUUGCACAGAAGGUUGAUUAUGCCUAUGGCUUCUUUGAGAAGCAGAUCCCAGUUGAUGCUGUUUUCCAGAAAGAUGAAAUGAUUGACAUCAUUGGUGUAACCAAGGGAAAAGGAUAUGAAGGUGUUGUAACCCGUUGGGGUGUCACCCGCCUUCCUCGCAAGACCCAUAGAGGUCUUCGUAAGGUAGCUUGUAUUGGUGCUUGGCACCCUGCUAGAGUUUCCUUCACGGUUGCUCGAGCUGGUCAAAAUGGAUACCACCACCGUACCGAGAUGAACAAAAAAGUUUACAAGCUUGGAAAGGCUGGCCAAGAAGGACAUACUGCUGUUACUGAGUUUGACAGGACUGAGAAGGAUAUUACUCCUAUGGGUGGAUUUCCCCACUAUGGUGUGGUUAAGGAUGAUUAUUUGUUGAUCAAGGGUUGCUGUGUUGGUCCCAAGAAAAGGGUUGUCACACUUCGUCAGUCCUUGCUGAACCAGACAUCUCGUGUUGCUCUUGAAGAGAUUAAACUCAAGUUUAUUGACACCUCUUCUAAGUUUGGACACGGUCGCUUCCAGACCACACAGGAGAAGCAGAAGUUCUAUGGUCGGCUGAAGGCAUAAAUCGUCUGUUGCCUAAACUGAAAACAUGAACAACUUGAGUUUUAUAUCCGGAGUUGAACAACUUGAGUUUUAAAAAAUUAUUCCCCUCUUUUCAGAGUCUGCGUGACAUGUAGGAAAUUGCUCUGAAAGUUUUGUUUUCUGAUUUGGAUAUGAUGCAAGAAUUGUUUUAUGAAGUAUUUAUGGAUUGUUGUUAGUCUUUGAAAUCCUGUUUUGCUCACGUUGAUUUUUAAUUUCAUGGUCCUUUUUCUGUGCUC